UCCGAGCAUCACUCCGCAUUCAGCGCUCCUUGAUGCUGUCACGUCCGACGCCAACGACUGUGGUAUCGAUAUGACGAGAGUAGGAAACGUGACGACCAUGGCGAUCAUCUAGCCGUAGCGUGUGGGAUUAUUGCGUUGCCUUUCGUUCUUCUGAAGGAGCUCUUUGUUUAAAGCCUCGGAGCCCCCCAGUAACGAGAAUUUUUUAAUGGAAAAAUGGCGACAGGCAAACAGUCUUCUAGCUUGGUCGUCUGCCUGGUCUCCAUCCAGAUGAUCUUCUUGAUUCUGCUGGCGUCCCGGCCUGGAUCCGAGGCGCUCACCUUCCCUCAGCAAUACACGAUCAUGCACUGGGGAAGGAGGAUUGAGCAGGAGAUUGACAAAGUGUUCCAGCACAUCACUGGAGCCCAGCAGCUGAAAGGGAUAUAUAAUGAAAAGAGACGACAAUUUAGCUUGGUGAAGAAUCAACCCCGCGAGAUUGUAGAGAAGGUGGCGUCUGACAUAGAAAAGCUUCUGGCUAAGAAGCGCAAAGCUCUGGAUCGGUUAGCUAGCGAGGCCGAGCGCCUCCAGAGAGAACAUCUCUGGCAGGAUGGUAUCAAGGAGUUGGACAUGGCUUAUUAUGAUUCAAAGGCAGAGCUGGACUACUACUCAAUGGAUGGCGAUGGGGACAUGGAAAACCCGUCCCAUAUCAAGCUGGAAUUUGUCUACGAUCCAAACUUCAAAAACAACGUCAACUACUCCUACACUGCAGUUCAGAUCCCUACAGACAUCUACAAAGGAGCCCCUGUCAUCCUGAACGAGCUGAACUGGACGCAGGCCCUGGAGAAGGUGUUCAUGGAGAACAGCCGGGAGGACCCCUCGCUGCUCUGGCAGGCCUUUGGCAGCGCUACGGGGGUCACCCGCUACUACCCCGCCACACCCUGGAGAGCUCCUGAUAAGAUCGACCUCUACGAUGUCAGGCGCCGGCCCUGGUACAUUCAGGGGGCAUCAUCACCAAAAGACAUGGUUAUUCUGGUCGAUGUGAGCGGAAGUGUGAGCGGCCUGACUCUGAAGCUCAUCAAGGCCUCGGUGAUGGAGAUGCUAGACACGCUGUCUGACGACGACUACGUCAACGUGGCAAGGUUCAACGAGAAGGCAGAGGCUGUGGUCCCCUGCUUCAAACAUCUGGUCCAGGCCAACAUACGCAACAAGAAGAUCUUCAAGGAUGCGGUGCAGCAAAUGCAAGCCAAAGGCACGACUGAUUACAAGUCAGGCUUUCAUUUUGCCUUCAACCAGCUGUUGAAUAAGACAAACGUCCCUCGAGCAAACUGCAAUAAAAUCAUAAUGUUAUUUACGGACGGCGGGGAGGACAGAGCGCAGGAUAUCUUUGUGCAGUACAACUGGCCUAAUAAAACCGUUCGAGUAUUUACCUUCUCUGUCGGUCAACACAACUAUGAUGUCACGCCCCUGCAGUGGAUAGCAUGCACAAAUAAAGGUUACUAUUUUGAGAUCCGCUCCAUCUGCGCCAUAAGGAUUAACACCCAGGAGUACCUGGACGUGCUGGGUCGCCCCAUGGUGCUGGCCGGGGGUAUUGCCAAGCAGGUGCAGUGGACCAACGUCUACCAGGACGCCCUGGGUCUCGGCAUGGUGGUGACCGGUACUCUGCCUGUCUUCAAUCUCACUAUGGAUGGAAACUCACAGAACCAGUUAAUCCUUGGGGUCAUGGGAGUCGAUGUACAUCUUGAUGAGAUCAAGAGACUUACUCCACGAUAUAAUCUUGGUGCCAAUGGAUACAUAUUUGCCAUUGAUCCAAAUGGAUAUCUUCUACUACACCCUAAUCUUCAGCCAAAGCUCGAUGACCUCCCAGAGCCGGUGACUCUGGACUUCCUCGACGCAGAGGUGGAAGACCCCAACAAAGAGGAGAUACGUAGACAGAUGAUUGACGGCAGGCCGGGGGAAAUGCAGAUUAAAACGCUUGUGAAGUCGAUUGAUGAGCAAUACAUUGAUGAUGCUUACAGGGGGUACACCUGGACACCCAUAAACGGCACAGACUACAGCCUGGGCCUGGUAUUACCCCCCUACAAUGAGUACUACAUCCAGGCAGACCUGAGUGACGUGAUGCUCCAGCUCCAGUAUCUGCAGUCUUUGUUGCCCAGCUCAUUUGAAUCAUCAGGACAUGUGUUUCUGGCUCCAAGGGAAUACUGCAAGCGUCUUCAACUUUCCGACAACAAUACACAGUUCCUGGAGAACUUUCUCUCUCUCAUGAUGGACAUCACACUAGAAUCUGAGGACUGUGACCAAGGCAUCAUCCACAACCUCAUUCUGGAUUCUGGCAUCAUUGGACAGCUGGCCUCCAGAGUGUGGAAGAACAAAGAUAUACAUUCGUAUGGCUUCCUGGCGGUAUUUGCCUCCACAGAUGGUGGCGUGACCAGGGUGUUCCCCAACAUGGCUGCUGAGUCCUGGCAGGAGGAUCCAGAGCCCUUCAACUCCAACUACUACAGACGCAGCCUGGACAACAAGGGCUACAUGUUCAGAGCUCCUCAGAGAUCCUCCAUGGAUGACAUCGGGGCAGAGAAUGGCACCAUCGGAAUCCUACUCAGCUCUGCUGUGGAGGUCAAUCUAGGUGGCAAGCUUCUCAAACCUGCAGUGGUCGGGGUGAAACUCGACCUGGAAGCUUGGGUGGACAAGUUCAAGAUCCUGGCCAGCAAUGUGUCGGAGAGCCGCCAGGGGUCACAAAAGUGCGGGCCUUCCAGAAGCUGUGAGAUGGACUGCGAAGUGAACACGGACGACCUGCUCUGUUAUCUGAUCGAUGAUGGGGGAUUCCUUGUCAUGUCCAAUCAGAGGGACCACUGGAAGAAGGUGGGCCUUUUCUUCGGAGACGUCGACCCCUACCUGAUGCACGCGCUCUACAACAACUCCAUCUACGCCCGCGUGCAGUCCUUCCAGUUCCAGUCGGCCUGUGAGCCAAUCAGCAGCAGCCACACGGGUGCUGCUGCAAGAGGCAUCUUUGUGCCCUCCAUUGCGGACAUGCUGAGUUUAGCAUGGUGGUCUUCAGCCGUGGCCUGGUCUGUGCUCCAGCAGUUGCUGUAUGGAUUGACCUACAACAGCUGGUUCCUCACAGACGACUCUGUGGUGGAGGGCUUCGAGACUAAGGACAGUAGCUGUGUGACCAUCCAAAGCCAGUUCUAUUUCACUAACACCACCAACUCCUACAACAUCCUGCAGGACUGUGGGAACUGCUCCAGGCUGUUCCACGCCAAGAGGAUAGAGAACACCAACCUGCUUUUUGUGGUGGCAGAGACGCUGCCCUGCAGCUCCUGUGAGAUCGAGAGGCUGACCCAGGUCCAGACGGAGUUCCGCGAGGAGAACCCAUGUGAAGUCCUGAGAGACGCCAGGUAUCGCAAAGGUCCACCGAGCUGCUUCGACUACAGUGCCUGGGAGAACACGUCUGAGUGUGGUCACGGUCUCUCCCUGCAGUCUUCUCUCGGAAUCAUUCUCCUCCUUCAGUUUACUCAGAAAAGUAUCAUUGAUUUCUUCUGAUUUGUUUGAUUACUUCGGAUACUAUUGAUUUCUUCAGAUUUGAUCCUGAGGUCUGUUGUCCUCGAGAACUUUGACCAAUUCCCAUCUGCGUCAUGUUUACCUGUUUUUACUCCAGCUCUGCUAGAAUCUUACAGGGUCAUACUGUGUAUGACACCGAACCAAGCCACGCCUCAGCUCUGUUUCCAAUGAACACCAAGAUACAUUCCUCUGAUGAAUGGAUUUCACGUUUAUCAGAAUGGUUUUAGUCCAUGUCUUUUAAUUGCUUCCACUUAUAUUUGGUAUCUUCUAGAAGUGCUUCCAUGUGUUAAAUAAGCAGGCUUUAAGGAAUGAUGUG